AUGGACGGCUUUGUCCUUUGUUUCUCCAGUCAUUGGUUCCCGCCUCAGACAAGACCUCGACGCAGGACCACUAGAGCCAGACGUCUACAGGGGCAGAGGGGGGAUGAGAGGAGCCCCAACCUAGACCCUCCCCAGGAGGCCCCUAGACCCCAGGAGCCACCUCCCCAGGAGCCACCCCACCUAGACCCUCCCCAAGAGCCCCCAGGAGCCCCCUACCCUCCCAGGAGGCCCCUAGACCCCCAGGAGCCCCCCCCUAGGAGCCCCACCCCUAAGAUUCCCCGCCCUAGGAGCCCCCUCCCCCAGGAGCCCCCCAGGAGAGCCCCACCCCCAGAGCCCCACCCUAGGAUCCCCCAGGAACCCUCUAGGAGCCCCUCCCCAGGAGCCCCUAGGAGCCCCUCCCAGGAGCCCCCCAGGAGCCCCCUAGGAACCCCACCCCUAGGAGCCCCCAGGAACCCUCCUAGGAGCCCCUCAGGGAGCCCCUAUACUGAUUUUCACUGUGACGACCAUGAGAGUGGUUCUAGCUCCACCAGUCGCAGCGCCUCAGAGAGCUCCAAGACCCUUCCCAAGCCCCGUCGCCUCCAGCAGGCCGCCCCCUCCGACCCAGACCUGCCCCCAGGCUACGUCCAGAGUCUGAUCCGUCGGGUGGUGAACAACGUCAACAUUGUGGUCAACAACCUGAUCUUGAAGUACGUUGAGGACGACAUCGUUCUGUCUGUCAACAUCACCUCUGCUGAGAGUUACACCGUCCACGAGUUCUGGGACCGAGCCUUUAUGGACAUCACAGCUCCUGACCUGGUGCUUCGUAAAGUGAUCAACUUCAGUGACUGUACUGUGUGUCUGGAUAAGAGGAACGGUAGUGGGAAGAUCCAGUUCUACCAGGAUCCUCUCCUCUACAAGUGUUCCUUCAGGACCCGACUCCACUUCACCUACCAGAACAUCAACUCUAAGAUCCCUGCUGUCAUCAAGAUCCAGACGAUGGUGGAGUCCCUGAAGCUGUCUAUCACAGACCAGCAGCUGCCCAUGUUCAUCAGGAUCAUGGAGCUGGUCCUCAGCCUCUACUACGGAGAGAUAGGAGGAGGGAAGGACUGGAGAGCGGAGGAGGGGAGCGGACAUGGAGAGGUCAUCACUACGCCAGGUCUGGAAGGAGACCCAGAGGCCCAGGUCAUGGCAGGACAGUACCCCAGCCCAGAGCUUUACAUGCAGGGGGAGGAGGGGGACCAGGGCUGGGUGUCCUGGGCCUGGUCCUUCGUCCCAGCCAUCGUGGAAGCUGAGGAUGAGGAGGGAGAGGAAGGCUUCUACCAGCAGGGGGAGGAGGGAGGCCGGUCCAGCCCACAGCAGAACCCACCUAAAGACCCUGUUGUCUCCAUAGGCUUCUACUGCACCAAGGCCUCUGUCACGUUCAAGUUGACAGAGAUGCAGACGGAGAGCAGUUACUACAGUCCUCAGAAGAUGAAGAGCAGGGAGGGGCUCUGUCUGGAGCAGGAGGGCAUCGCCAUGGAGGUAACGACCCUUCUGGCUCUGCUCUACAUCACACACAGAGACAGACAGGGACAGAGACACACAGAGACACACAGAGACACACAGAGACACACAGACACACACACAGACACACACAGAGACACACACAGAGACACACAGAGACACACAGAGACACAUCCCUCACUAUAA